ACGUGUGCUAGGUGCAAAUGCUAUUCUUCGUGCAUGCGCUGUGCGCCCUUCACUUUCAGAUGAACAGCGCAUUACCACACACUCCACUUUCGGGACGGUUUCGCACGAUCAACUAAGAGGCAGGUGCGUUCUGGAAGGCAGGUGCACACGAGGCUUCCGUGUUCCUCCUCCCCAGCACAGAACUUACCUAGGCCUCUCGUCUCUUCACGCCGCCUCUCAACGCGCGUUGCUGCGAUUUCCAAAGUACAAUCGGUCAAAGCAUCUCGCCACCAGUCAUAAUGGCCUUUUCCGAAUUCAACUCGCAAUUCACUUCCAAAAAGAGACGCCACGAGGAGGCGUUUCCGGCUGAGCUAACGAACAAACCUCGCCCAAAGCGUCGGCCUCGUCGAAGGCGGCGCCCUCGAUACUGGAGGCGUCCUCAAUUCUUCCCUGUGAAGCUUAGCUUUGCAUCUAGGCCGCCUCCGGGACGGAGUUGGGCGCGCGCUGGAAGACACGACGCACCACCCCAAAACACCCUACCGGAGGCCAAGCGACGACGUUUCAGCACUGAAAUCAAGGCAGAAUUCUCCGACCAGAAGGUCAGGGUGAUCGCUGGCCCAGAUGACUUGACCGUGGUGGAAGUUCGUGAGAUAUUUCGCAUUCUUGAUGCGGGACUCCGCGCCGGUUUCGGCGGCGAUGUCUACACGGCCGAUGUCAUGAACGCCUUUCUCCGUGUCGUGUUCGACUCUGGUUGCUGGUCGCCAGACGACCCGACAAAUCGUCCCCAAAUGCCUGAUGUUCGGCUGCCGUUCACCGAGGUCACGUUCAGCCCUGCGGUGCAGUGCAUCAGCAGCCAGGUGCCCGAGGAAGAUCCAUGUCAGUCAGGCUUUCGUUGCUCUCCUUCCCGCCUGCUAACAGUAAGCAGUUGGUGUGCCGCACGAUUUCAUGGUCCAGCCCCAGAUGACAAUCGAUCUUGUGCCGACACCACGCUACUCUUGGUCCUUUGUUUGCCACGGACGAGACGUCGACAAAGAUUUCACACUCACCACGCACCAGAUCGCAACCAUAGACUAGGAGUCUAUACAUCAGCGCGAGGCUGUCCAAAUGCAUUGUGCGAUGCUCGAAAUUACAUUGAAGAGCGCGCCAAAGGCAACACGACUCUCCCGGUGCGCGAGACUGUACAAUUUUGUAGCAUCGACGAGAAUGCCUGGGGGCUGCCACUACACCUGGCCAUGCCAGAUGAGCCCUGGGUGUUCGGGGUUCGAGUAGAGCGACGGUUCUACUGAUGUCUGGACGGCUAUCGGUCACCCUUGUAGACUGUGACGUCUAGAGAUCUGGCAGCGAAUGGUGUGGAUGUUGAUCGAGGCAAUGAGCGCUCUGGAACGAGGGUUACGAGGCGUUGGAAAGGCUGUAUCAUUAUGUCUGGGUUCAUAUCUGGUGCCGCGGCGAACGCCGCUCGUCGAGUGUGGCAGUUUGUUGUUCGGAGGUCAAGCCUGCCGCGACCUGACAAUGGCAAAGUGUGUCUCAGCGUAAAAUCAGGCGCGACAUCUGGGUGGACAUGUAUGAACAGUGGUUGUGAACUUGUGGUGCCUGACCGUCAGAGACAGUCUACCCAUGAUUAGAUCAAGAUUAGAGCAAUUGCACUCGAGUGCAAGACGAGGUUAAUGACAAAAUCAUCUUGCCGAGAUUGACAUUCUUUGAGAAUGACACAUUCACAGU